AUGAAUUAUGAAUUUCUUGAAAGAUUUGAAAAUAAAAAGGCGAAGAUGGAUAUGUGCGAGUGUAUCUGCACCUUCCAGCACGCGAUGCGUCGCUUGGUAGAGGUCCUUAAUCGCGCACAGAACUACUGCUCUGACGAUGGAGCUGGCGACGGUCACCAGAAUCCAGCACAGGCAGCCAACACAUUUCUCAUGAUGUUCCUGUUCAUGCUCUUCGCCGCAGUAAUGUUCCGACUGAGGCCGAAUUCAAACCGCGACCGGGAUCAAGCGCAGAAACCGACUGGCGGUCCCCCUGGCGGCUCAAACGGCCCUGGUCCCGGAGGACUUUCCACCUGA